CAACAUAUUCCCUGCAGUGUUAGGAAAAUAUUUUUCAUCUCUUUGUUUUCCUCCUAAAUAAAUAUGGCGUUCUUCAAAGUAUCACCUUCAGUCUUCCAGUCUUCUAUCUUGCAACAGUCUCGUCAACUAUCCAAUAAAACUCUUCGACCCAAGAAGUUUACCAGUAUUCUUAGUCAUGUUCCUCCACGACCUCGUUCAGGUUGGCAAAUAUUUCUCCGUCAACGUUUACCCGCUUUCAAACAAGCUAAUGGAAAGAUACCUACUGCUGAGGCGACCAAGACAUUAGGUGAAGAAUGGAAAUCUUUAACCGACGCGCAGAAGAAAGAGUAUGCCGGAAUAUUUGAACGCGAAGUAAAGGUACACGAAGAUGCCGUUCAAAAGGCUUUGUUGGAAGCAACUCCUCGCGAAAUUCAUGCUGAAAACAUUUUGAGACGAAAACAUAAUUUGACUCUAUUGAAAGAUCCUAAACAACCCAAACGUCCUCUCAAUGGUUAUAUGCUAUAUCUCGAUCAUCUACGAACUCAUGGUCCUUCUGAUUUCAAAUCGAUGCCAGUGGCACAACAGGCUCAUGAAGGUUCCAGCUUAUAUAAAAAAUUGGAUGCGCAUGAAAAGCAGAAAUUCGAAAACCGAGCCAAAAAGAACCAACAAGCUUAUGUGGCAGCAAUUGAAAAAUACAAGGCACAAAUCUAACUAAAAUGAUAUAAGAAAGAUCUUUUUAAUGGACAAAAUAACAGAAAUAAACUACACUCUUUUUUUUUUUUCUUUAAUAAACGUACUUUGAAUUUAA